AUGUGCCAGCCUUCGCCCUCGUUCCCAUCAUCCGCUUUGCUGCUCUCCGUUGGCUGCCUGGCCAACUCCUCCCCUACCGCUAUUCCCCAGGCCAUUGACUCGGGUCUGAACGACCGGACCGCAGUGGUCUCCUCCCCGGACGCGUUCGCAUUGACCGACACCCGGAUUUCGUCGAACGGCGCCUGGCUGCGGGGAUCGUCGGAGAACGACGACUCGGUUUGGCUAGGGGUCCUUGGUUUGGUGUAUAUCUGGUGCUCUCACGCGCCGCCCUAUAAGGUCAGAUCAUUUACGAGAUUGGAUAAUAACUUGAGCCUGGAUGUAGGCAGUUUUGGUUAA